GAGUGCACACGCCUGCGUUCGCUCCGUUGUCUGUGAGAGGCCCGAUCUUGUUUCAGGCUCGGGGCAGAGGGAACGCUGGCCGACCGCAAGCGCUCAAUGCCCAGUGGCUCACAGGCUUUGUGGAAGAAGUGAAAAAGCUGUUGCCUUCUCACGCAGGAUCUCAUCAUUCACAGUGUGAGAUGACGAAGAAACCACAAGAAAUCAUGUGUGUGUGUGUGUGUGAGGUGCAGCCUCUACUGCGCCUGAAGCCGUGGACACAGCCCUCGACGUGCUGGAUUCUGACGCAGAAGCUCUGUUUCCCCCUUCCCCGCAGCGUGGCCCGCUGCCGAAGCUGACACUGUCGGAUGCCUUCCUCGAUCAGUGGGAGUAUUGGCACGGAGACUGGACUCUCGGCUGGAAGUACACACACGCGCGCGCGCACACACACGCACUCGCCAAGCCAAGCCAGCCACCGUAUGUGUGUCUCCACCGUGUGUGUCAUCAUGUCUGUCAACAGGAAGGCCUUCUCAUUCAAGGGCGAGCAGGACGACAUGAACCUGCUCUACUUCGUGUGGCCCCUCUUGAUGGAGGUGAUGCGGCUCAGCGGCGGGCGCAUCCGCAUCUGGCUUGAGCACGACCCAUUCGGCCACCGCUUCAAGCACUUCAUGAUCGAAAAAGACGGAGAAGAGGCCGACCCCUCAGGCGGCCACCUUUUUCAUCUUGUCUUCGGCAGAGACCCCAGUGUGACGGCGCGGGACUCCAUCGAGAAGCAGCUUGCCGCUAUGGACCUCCCUUACGGCGCAACCACGAGAGGCACCACCACCUGGUACUUCUUCAAGCACCACCGCAGCAGCGGUGAGGUCGAGAAGAUCAAGAGGUUCUUCCUCCCCGACGAGCCACAGGAGGUGGUCGACUUCCUCGUCUGAUGUCUCAACCAGGGCGAGAAGGAGACCCGAGAGAGGGAGGAGGGAGAUGAAGAAAGAAACAAACGGAACAAGGACAAACAAGGCGGCCCUGACGAGGGCCUGCAUACCAUCCAGGAAGAGGCAGGCCUCGAGAGGGAGCUAGAGCACCAGCCAGGCGACUGGCGGACAGACGGGAGGCAGGGAGGGAGAGAGGGAGGGGAUAGAGGCACAGAGGGGGGUCGGUCAGAUGUCUGAAUCAGUGAGUGCAGCAUAAACAAACUGGUAGGCAUAUGUGUGUGUGUGCAUCUCGCUGCUGGCAGUGAGAUGCAGUGCAAUCAGCCUCUGUCUUUUUGCGUAGGUGCGUGAUUCGCUGUUCAGACAGAGGCUGGCUGCCUGGUGUGUUGUGGUUUUUGUGUGUCAGCGUGACAGACAAUUGCUUGGCUUAGUUGCUGCUGGUUUGUUCGUUGACACACGAUGCGCCGUCGGUGCACUCACUGAUGUAGAUGUUGGGGGGGGUCUGGGCGGAGGGGUUACAUACCAUGCAGACGGUGAUCGAUUGCAUCACAACGGAACAGUGAGGGAACGGGUCUGUGCUUUUUCGGUGUGCUUAUUCGGUGUGGGUGUUGACAGGCAAUGAUGGAUAAGUCAGUCAGUCAGUGAGUGAAAUGGACGGAGUGCUCUGCUCCCAGCUAACUUUACAGAUGUGGCUGGCUGCUCUGUGAGUCAGUCGUUGGAGAGAGGCAGGCAGGGAAGCGGGUAUUACCUCCUGCCUCCCUGCCUACCUUGCC